GCCACGCCUCGCCCACCAGAUGUUUUCAAACUUUAGUAGUCAACUUGAAUUCCUUUCAAUCGGCCUAGUUUUUUCACUUUUCCGGGCUUACGUAUUAGCGUAAUUACAAUUUUCCUACCCAAAUUCCAUCACAGUUGGUUUUUGUCUAGUGAUUGAAGUGGUUUAAUUAAGUUGUCCCGUGACAUGAGAGGAACAGCGGGGAUAACGCGAUUGUCACACUCAUUGCUUUUCGCUGUGUGACUGCUUGUCACCCUUCGCUGGUGGUGCUGAUAAUUCUGCUUCCGCGAGUUUAACCCGUCGAGCCAAGAGCGUCUAAAAGGCUUCCCCGUCUUUAGUACGAAGAUAGACACUGAAAAUGUCGGAAAAUGCGGGCGAUCUGAUGAGCCAGUCGAUGAUGGACGUCAUCCGCUUGCCAAAGGUGGAAGGCGUUCGCAUGCUGGAUCGUUUCAACGUGAAAAAGUCGUUCGUGGGCGUGCUCUACCUCACGGCCACUCAUCUCAUUUUCGUCGACCCCGAGAGCAAGAAGGAAACAUGGAUCCUCCACAUGCACAUUCUGAGCGCCGAAAAAAUGCCGCUAACAACCAUGGGCUCGCCUUUGCAAAUACGCUGCAAGACUUUCCUCUCUGUGACCUUUGUCCUUCCCAAAGAAAGAGACUGCCAGGAAAUUUAUACCACACUUCAGCAGUUAUCCAAACCAGUUCAGCUUGAGGAUUUGUACUGCUUUGAUUACACAGCCAGCACGGAGGAGGUGCAGAAACACGUCGGCUGGAACUUUUUUGAUCUCCAAGCGGAAUUUCAAAGGAUGCGGGUUCCAAAUGAUGCUUGGAGCCUGACCCUACUCAACAAAGACUAUGAGCUGUGCGACACGUACCCUCGAUACCUUUUUGUUCCGGCAGCUGCAUCAACCACCGUGUUGAUGGGCUCAUCAAGUUUCAGAAGCAAGGGAAGGCUUCCUGUUCUUUCAUACCUGCAUACAAAUAAGGCUGCCAUUUGUCGAUGUAGUCAACCACUGUCUGGGUUUAGCGCCCGGUGCAUGGAAGAUGAACAAAUGCUCAACUGCAUUCUCAAAGCAAAUCCCAACUCAAAGUUUAUGUAUGUUGUUGACACAAGACCGAAGAUCAAUGCCAUGGCAAACCGCGCAGCAGGAAAAGGAUACGAGAAUGAAAAUUUUUACGAGAACAUCAAAUUCCAGUUCAUUGGGAUAGAAAAUAUUCACAUCAUGAGGAACAGUUUGCAGAAACUGUUAGAAGCUUGCGAGCAAAAGGGGCCGACGAUGAACAACUUUUUGAGUGCGAUCGAAGCUAGUGGAUGGCUGCGACACAUCAAAGCAGUGCUGGACACAUCUAAUUUCAUUGUCCAAGCGGUCCAAGAAGGCGUCAGUGUGGUGGUGCACUGCUCAGAUGGCUGGGACCGCACAGCUCAAGUCUGCUCCCUUGCGUCCCUCUUUCUCGACCCGUUUCACCGAACGCUUCAGGGCUUUCAGGCUUUGAUUGAACGCGAGUGGCUCGCCUUUGGCCACAAGUUUGUCGAUCGGUGCGGAUUCUUAGCUGGCGACCAGAAGGAGGUGUCGCCUAUCUUCACCCAGUUUCUCGAGUGCGUGUGGCAGCUUACAAACCAGUAUCCGUGCACCUUCCAGUUCAACGAACGUUUUCUGCUCGCGCUGCACGACCACGUGCAGAGUUGCCAGUUUGGCACCUUCAUCGGAAACUGCGAGAAGGAUAGGCUGGACCUGCGGCUGCAUGAGCGAACUUACUCCCUUUGGGGAUACAUUGCCAACCACAUGAACGAGUACAUGAACCCCCUCUACGCUGCCGAGGAAAACACUGACGUACUCGUUCCUAACUUGGCGCCUCAAAACAUCAGAUUUUGGAGAGGGAUGUAUUGCCGUUUUGAAAGCGGUGUUCACCCGAGAGAAGUGAUGAGUGAUAUGCUUCUUGCCCUAUGCGAUCACAGUUCGUCUUUGGAAGAUCACAUCCGACUCUUGACAAAGAGAAUUGACAGCCUUAAGGCAAAGAUUGACUCAAAGAAAAAGUCAGGAGAAACGAAAGUAGAAGAGAAAAUUGAGGACUGUGUAGAUAACAAGACUUCAUACGAUAAAGAGAUCUCUGAGCAGGAUGAGGAUGUGUUCAAGGACGAAAAAGUUGAUAGUUUAGUCACAGUUGAGCAGCUGGCAUCAGAGCUGAAGUCGGUUGCUGUCGAAUGGAAAACUUUACGCAACGUCCGAGAAUGCAACUGCUCGACUCCCUUUGAUCAUUUUAGUCGCAAGUGCCACUGUUGGAGGUGUGGGGAGGUUUUCUGCACCAGGUGCAUUGAUAAGCACACUGCUCUGCCAGGUCACGACAGCCAGAGAGCUGUGCCAGUUUGUAGGACGUGCUACAAAGAACUAAGGAGAACUUUCUCUGUAGACUCAGCCUGAAGACUUGUAAAUUAUUCAUUCCCAUAUAUUUUAACUUGAUGCAUUUCUUCCUUAUUGAAUUUUGACAAAGCAAGUCAUGUGAUGCUAUUAAAAUUAUGACUGUUCUUUUGGUGUACGCUUUUGAGAAGUUAUUUUUCUGGAUUAAGUAUUGUUAUUGAGGAAAAGAAUGCUGUUAAUGUGAUUUUAGGAAGAAAGAUUUUAAAUAUUACUCCCAAAAGGUUUCUGAUCAAAUGAAACUCAAAGUGCUAUAAUGAGUAUUUCAAAUAAAAGUAUAAUAUUCCCAAACAA